GACGCGCUCUUCCCAUUCCAUUAUCAGAUCUCUUCUUCUCUCUUUCAUCAUCGUCUUUUUUUCUCUGUGUCUCUUUCUUUCAUGGAACAGUUAUUGAAUUGAGCCUUAGUGGAGUCUUUCUAUCUAUCCCUUCCUUUUUCUUUCAAAACAAACAGAUAAAAACAAACUCGGAAUUUGUCGGAUUUUCGGCCCCUUUUUGUUAUUGUUUAGCAAAGGAUUUUGGGAAAUGAAAAUGAAGGAUUCAACAGCACUGUUGAAGUGUUGGACUUAAAGCGUCUUAAGUGGAAACAAAACUCUCAAAGCAUGUUUUCAGGGCAGAACAAAAUGAGCUGGUUCAUCUUAGAAAGGGACAUGGAACUGCAGAAGUUCAACUGGAACCUGAGAAGUAUAGAUAACUAAUGUUUCAAUCACAUUAAUUCAAUGUGUGGGUCCCUUAAUUAGCUGUUUUUUAUCCAUUUGGUAGAUGGGUACAAAAACUUUUGGCCCUUUUGAUGAGAAAAUAUGAAUCAAGCUAGCAGUGGGCCUUAUCUGUUUGGUGUUUUUCUUUAUUUUGGCCCUUCAUAUGUCUUCUGCAUAUGCAGUUGCUUGCUAGUCUUUUAUGCUUCAUAUUUCUGUUUCUAGAUUUGUUGCCUUCUUCUCUUUCUUUUCACAUUUUGUCUAGUUGCUAGAUUGUUGCUUAUUUAGUGGAUACCUGGAAAUUCUAUGUGCUGAUCCUAUUUAAUUUUUCUUGUCUCAGAGGUCAAGAGUGUCCUAGUGGUUAAUCUGAGUUUCUAGAACAGAUCCAUGGCCUGCAAGCAAUACUAUGCUCAGGAAUGGAAGACUGUACCCAGCGCUUCGACAUCUGAGAAUUUAAAUGGUAGCUUUGAUUGCAACAUUUGCUUAGACUUUGCACAUGAGCCGAUUGUCACUCUCUGCGGCCACCUCUACUGCUGGCCCUGCAUCUAUAAGUGGCUUCAUGUCCAAAGUGCCUCCCUUGCUUCUGAUGAGCACCCACAAUGCCCAGUUUGCAAAGCUGAUAUAUCCCAUACCACCAUGGUGCCGCUUUAUGGUCGGGGCCAAUCUGAAUCUGAGCUUCAAGGCAAGGCGCUUUAUAGGGGUUUGGUGAUACCCCCUAGACCACCAGCCUGUGGCACCCAAGCUCUUUUAUCAACUACAUCCCCGAAUGGUCAGCAGCUUCCUUAUCGUAAUCCUUAUCAAAAUCAAAAUUACAACCCCCAUGCUUACUAUGAAGAAGAUUCAUCCUCACCGCUGCUUAACCUCGGAGGCACCACAGUGACCGGAUUUCAUCGUCCGGUGGUUGGGAUGUUCGGAGAAAUGGUAUAUGCAAGGGUGUUUGGAAACUCGGAAAGUUUACACACUUACCCAAACUCAUAUUACGUAACGGGGAGUGGAAGCCCCAGGUUGAGAAGGCAUGAGAUGCAAGCUGACAGGUCGCUAAAUAGAAUUUCAAUUUUCCUCUUCUGUUGUUUUCUUUUGUGCCUCGUCGUAUUUUGAGCUUCGUAUUUGCCCCCUUCAUUUUUGUAUACUUUUGUAAAAAGAAUCACGAUGUAAACUUAUGGUAUAGUUAGAUGAGAUCCUAUUAUAUGAUAAUUAAGCGAAUCAAUGCUUCACCCAUCAAAUUAUUGCCUUA